AUGCAGGUUCUGAAGAGUUACGCCGCAAUCAGGCCACAAUGUUGUUCGUGGUUCCAUUUUAGCAAUCAUACAGAUCGGGCAGCCAAGUUCGCGGUCACGCGCUGUGUUCCGCAAGCAUGUCAGUUGCUGAAUCAAAACCUUGGACACUGUUGGCUCCAGCGUGCCACGUUUGUUCCCACAUUUGUUCCGAUUGCUGGCAUCAUGCUGUACUCCCUCCUGUGCUUGCUGCUUGUCAUGUGGAGUGACGUGCAUAGCGUGCAGUCCGUCCACUUGUGCCCUUCGCGCUGCAGACGCUGGAAGGGAAGGGGAGCAGAGUUGAACCGAGAUGGAGAUGGCCACGAGGAGCCGGUUGCAGCAUGUGCACUGGAAGAGGAGGAGCCACUUGUGGGCCCAGCAAGUGAACAAGACGAGGAGGUACAGGGGUUUCAAGAAGAAGAAGCAAAGGUGAAAGUGUUCCGACGAACUGUCGGAGCCGGAGCACCUGAAGAAGCACCCGCAGAUCUUCCCCAGCACCCAGCCUCAAGCUCCUGGCAACCUAUGGAGGGCACUUGCUUCGUCGAGGAAGUGACAGAGGCCUCCCUGGAGGCUUACGUCGCCUCAUUGCUCGAAGAUUAG